AUGGCGGAUUCAGGAAAAGCGUUUGACAUCACCUACGUGCGUCUCAAGUUCUACACCAGCCGCCCGGAGAGCUUUGCCAUUUACAAGCGCACGCGGGAAGACGGGCCCUGGGUCCCCUACCAGUACUACAGCGGCUCCUGCGAGAACACCUACCUGAAGGCAAACCGUGGCUUCAUCCGGACGGGAGAGGAUGAGCAGCAGGCCUUGUGCACCGACGAAUUCAGUGACAUCUCUCCUCUCACGGGGGGAAACGUGGCCUUUUCGACCCUAGAAGGAAGACCCAGCGCCUACAAUUUUGACCAUAGCCCCGUGCUGCAGGAAUGGGUAACCGCCACUGACAUCAGAGUCACACUCAGCCGCCUCAACACAUUUGGAGACGAAGUGUUCAAUGACCCCAAAGUCCUCAAGUCCUAUUACUAUGCCAUCUCUGAUUUCGCUGUGGGCGGCCGGUGUAAGUGCAACGGCCAUGCGAGCGAGUGUGGGAAGAAUGAGCUGGGCCAGCUGGUGUGCCACUGCAAACACAACACCUAUGGCGUAGACUGUGAAAAGUGCCUUCCCUUCUUCAACGACCGGCCGUGGAGGAGAGCGACUGCCGAGAGCGCCAGCGAGUGCCUGCCCUGUGACUGCAAUGGCCGCUCCCAGGAAUGCUCCUUUGACCCUGAACUGUACCGUUCCACGGGCCACGGCGGCCACUGUACCAACUGCCAGGACAACACGGAUGGCGCCAACUGUGAGAGGUGCCGGGAGAACUUCUUCCGCCUGGGGAACAAGGAGGCCUGCUCGCCAUGCCACUGUAGUCCCGUUGGCUCUCUCAGCACUCAGUGUGACAGCUAUGGAAGAUGCAGCUGUAAACCAGGGGUGAUGGGAGACAAGUGUGACCGGUGCCAGCCUGGAUUCCAUUCUCUCACCGAGGCAGGAUGCAGGCCGUGCUCCUGUGACCCUUCGGGCAGCAUCGAUGAAUGCAACGUUGAAACAGGGAGGUGUGUCUGCAAAGACAACGUGGAAGGCUUCAGCUGUGAGAGAUGCAAACCUGGGUUUUUCAACCUGGAACCCUCUAACCCGAAGGGUUGCACACCCUGCUUCUGCUUCGGGCAUUCUUCCGUCUGCACCAGUGCCGUGGGCUACAGUGCUUACCCGAUCACUUCCACCUUUCAGAUUGAUGAGGACGGCUGGCGUGCGGAGCAGAGGGACGGCUCUGAAGCAUCACUUGAGUGGUCCUCGGAGAGGGGAGAUAUUUCCGUCAUCUCUGAUAGCUACUUUCCUAGGUAUUUCAUUGCUCCUGCAAAGUUCUUGGGCAAGCAGAUGCUGAGUUAUGGCCAGAACCUCUCCUUCUCCUUCCGAGUGGACAGGCCCGAUACUCGCCUCUCUGCAGAAGACCUGGUGCUCGAGGGGGCCGGCCUCCGCGUGUCGGUGCCCUUGAUUGCGCAGGGCAACUCCUACCCGAGUGAGACCACUGUGAAAUACGUCUUCAGGAUCCACGAAGCCACAGACUACCCUUGGAGACCUACCCUGACUCCUUUUGAAUUUCAGAAACUCCUCAACAACUUGACGUCUAUCAAGAUCCGUGGGACAUACAGUGAGAGAAGUGCCGGGUACUUGGAUGAUGUCACCCUACUGAGCGCUCGUCCUGGGCCAGGGGUCCCUGCCAUGUGGGUGGAGUCCUGCACCUGCCCUGUGGGAUACGGAGGUCAGUUCUGUGAAAUGUGCCUCCCAGGCUACAGACGAGAAACACCAAGCCUUGGACCCUACAGUCCCUGUGUGCUCUGCACCUGCAACGGACACAGCGAGACCUGUGACCCUGAGUCAGGCAUUUGCAACUGCCGAGACAAUACUGCUGGCCCCCAGUGUGAAAAGUGUAGCGAUGGGUACUACGGAGAUUCCACAGUGGGCACCUCCUCUGAUUGCCAGCCCUGUCCCUGCCCUGGGGGCUCAAGUUGUGCUGUCGUCCCCAAGACGAAGGAGGUGGUGUGCACCAACUGCCCUACAGGCACCACUGGCAAGAGGUGUGAGCUCUGUGAUGACGGCUACUUUGGAGACCCCCUGGGCAGAAACGGCCCCGUGAGGCUGUGCCGCCUGUGCCAGUGCAAUGACAACAUCGACCCCAAUGCAGUUGGAAAUUGCGAUCGCCUGACGGGGGAAUGCCUGAAGUGCAUCUACAACACGGCCGGCUUCUACUGCGACCGCUGCAGAAAGGGCUUCUUCGGAAACCCCCUGGCCCCCACCCCAGCAGAGAAGUGUAAAGCCUGUGCGUGCAACCCCUAUGGCACCAUGAGGCAGCAGAGUGACUGUAACCCCGUGACCGGGCAGUGCGAGUGCCUGCCUCACGUGACAGGCAGGGACUGCAGUGCCUGUGACCCUGGAUUCUAUAACCUGCAGAGCGGGCAGGGCUGCGAGAGGUGUGACUGCCAUGCUUUGGGUUCUACGAACGGUCAGUGUGACAUUGUCACUGGGCAGUGUGAGUGCCAGCCAGGCAUCACGGGCCAGCGCUGUGAGCGAUGUGAGGUCAACCACUUUGGCUUCGGACCUGAAGGCUGCAAACGCCCUAAGGUUGCUGACCACCGGGCGAAACUCCAAGAGCUGGAGCGCCUCAUCGCCGACCUCGGAACUGGGGAUGAGACCGUGACAGACCAAGCCUUUGAAGAUCGCCUGAAGGAAGCCGAGAGAGAGGUGAUGGACCUUCUUCGGGAAGCCCAGGCUGUCAAAGAUGUAGACCAAAAUUUGAUGGAUCGCCUCCAGAGAGUGAAUAACAGUCUCUCUAGCCAAAUUAGCCGUUUGCAGAACAUCCGGAAGACCAUCCAAGAGACCGGGAAUUUAGCUGAACAAGCACGUGCCCGCGUGGAGAGCACCGAAAGGCUGGUGGAAAUCGCUUCCCGGGAACUGGAGAAGGCGAAAGUUGCCGUUGCCAAUGUGUCAAUUGCUCAACCGGACUCCACGGGGGACCCCAACAACAUGACGCUCUUGGCAGAAGAGGCACGGGAGCUUGCUGAACGCCACAAACAAGAAGCCGAGGACAUUGUGCGGGUGGCGAAGACGGCCAAUGACACAUCCACAGAGGCGUAUGAUCUGCUUCUGAAGACGCUGGCGGGGGAAAAGCAAACCGCGCUUGAGAUUGAGGAGCUGAACAGGAAAUAUGAGCAGGCAAAGAACAUCUCCCAGGAUCUGGAGAAGCAAGCCGCCCGGGUACACGACGAGGCCAAGAGGGCUGGGGACAAAGCUGUGGAGAUCUAUGCCAGCGUCGCUCAGCUGACCCCUGUGGACUCGGAGGCCCUGGAGAAGGAGGCCAGUAAAAUAAAGAAAGGAGCUGAGACCCUGGACCUUCUCGUUGACAAGAAGCUAAAAGACUACGAGGACCUCAGGGCAGACAUGAGAGGGAAGGAGCUUGAAGUGAAGAAGCUUCUGGAGAAAGGAAAGACUGAGCAGCAGACCGCUGACCAACUCCUGGCCCGAGCUGAUGCUGCCAAAGCUCUUGCUGAAGAAGCUGCCAAAAAGGGACGAAAUACCUUACAAGAAGCCAAUGAUAUCCUCAACAACCUGAAAGAUUUUGACCGGCGUGUGAACGAUAACAAGACUGCUGCCGAGGAGGCGCUGAGGAAGAUUCCUGCCAUCAACCAGACGAUCGUGGAAGCCAAUGAGAAGACAAGGGAAGCGCAGCUGGCUCUGGGCAACGCCGCUGCGGAUGCCACGGAGGCCAAGGACAAGGCCCACGAGGCCGAGAGGAUCGCCAGUGCCGUCCAAAAGAAUGCCACUAGCACCAGAGCAGAGGCGGAAAGGACUUUUGCCGAAGUGACUGAUCUGGACCAAGAGGUGCACGACAUGCUGAGACAGCUACAGGACGCAGAGGCGGAGCUGCAGCGGAAGCAGGACGACGCUGACCAGGAUAUGAUGAUGGCAGGCAUGGCAUCUCAGGCUGCUCAGGAAGCAGAAAUCAAUGCCCGGAAAGCCAAGAACUCCGUCAACAGCCUCCUGGCCAUUAUUAAUGAGCUCGUCGGGCAGCUGGGGCAGCUGGACACGGUGGACCUGAACAAGCUCAAUGAGAUCGAAGGCGCCCUCAACAAAGCCAGAGAUGAGAUGGAGGUCAGUGACCUCGACAGGAAGGUGUCCAACCUGGAGAUGGAAGCCAGGAAGCAGGAGGCUGCCAUCACGGACUACAACCGCGACAUCGAGGAGAUCCUGAAGGACAUCCGCAACCUGGAGGACAUCAAGAAGACCUUACCGUCCGGCUGCUUCAACACCCCAUCCAUUGAGAAGCCUUAGCGUCUUCCUUCAGGAGCUGGAAGGCAGCCCCCUUCCCCCUUGACAGCGGGGGCACUUGUGAGGCCACCGAGUUGCCUUAACACAAAGAUGACAUUAUUUUUCAGACCCCCCCCCCCACUUCUUUGCGGCUCUCCAUCACUGUCUUUUUGAACUAGGAAAAGUCACAAAGUUUAAAGAGAAGCAAAUUAAACAUCCUCAAUUGGGAACAAAGGGUUUUAUCUAGCAAAGUCUCUCCUUCUCCAGAAUCCCUCUAACAUACACACACUUAGCCUUCUGGAUGGGCCUACGAUGUGGUACCUUCCCCUACUGUCCGGUGGUGUAGACCCCUGCAUGGACCCUCACGUGCCUGGGCAGAGCAAAGCCCCCCCGCCCCCUCUGACACCAGCAGAACCUCCACAGUCUCAGCACUCUUGUUUCUAUGAAGGAAAAGCUUGGCUACUCGUAGCAUUGUGCUGGCCAGUGUACCCCAAAAGAUAGAGAAAGAAACACAUCUGCCUCUCUCCUUCUGUUGAACAAAAGGAAAUAACUGUCCUGUGCCAAAGGUGUUUGUUAGUGAGGAUUUCCGUAGCCAUCUGUCAGUUGUUAUCGCUGCUGUGUGCAGGGUACUGAGCCAUCCUUGGGUAAGGGUGCAGUUAUUACUCAUGACGGUCUCUAAGGGAAUGUGAGACGAUCGAAGUAGGCUAAAGAUUUUUAUUUUCUCCUGUGUUAGUUCUUGACUUAGGAAGAUGAACUUUUUUCCUUUUUUUCAGGCAGCUGAUAACUUAUGUCUGGAAGGACAGCUUACACUCACCGGUAGACCAAUGAGCGUCUUUUAGGUUCCUUUAAAGGGAGUUGAAAGAGAAGAGAUAGGCCUGUGAUAACCACUAAAGUCUUUCUCAAAAUCAAACUAGUUUCUUGGAGCUUUUAGAAAAGUUUUGGGUUUUGUUUUUCAGUAUGCCCAGAGAGCUAGUACUCUCUGGAAGAGAACAAUUGGUGCCUUAAGGUCUUGACAAAACCCAACACACUGCCUUGUCCUGGCCUCUUCCUGCGAAGGAGUAGCCCGGGGAUCCGACUCGCAUCGUCGGGGUCCUCUGUGUCCGUUUUUCUUCUUUGUGGGGAUGACCCGCUUUCUCAAUGAUGCUCCCAUCUUCUAGAAUCCCAUCGCAGCACAGUGCUGACUGUCCGAUCCUGGGGGCAAGUCCCUUGUACUCAGCAUUUCAUGCCGCUGCCCAACACCUACCAUCUAGUCCUACACCUGGUGAUUUAAACCCCCUCUCAACCUUCUCUCUCUGGAUGCAGAGAGAAGACCUUUAGAUGGAGUUUCCUAGUGGGCUUCUCAACUUCUGAGCCCCCGCUCUGUGAUGUUCAGGUCACAGUGUGACAAUUCCCUCCCUCCCCCCUUCCACCAUCCCUCCUUUGAGAUUCAUAUAUAGCCUUUAACACUAUGCAACUUUGUACUUUGCGUAGCGGGAGGGGGGGGAAGAAAACUAUUAUCUGACACACUGGUGCUAUUAAUUAUUUCAAAUUUAUAUUUUUGUGUGAAUGUGGUAUUUUUUUUGUUGUUUAUCAUGAUUAUAGAGUAAGGAGUUUAUGUAAAUAGACUUGGCCCUAUUUCUAGAAUGGCACUGUCUGCUCACUUCUCGGCCUCAGUUUCCCUCUUCCCUGGUGCAACACAUUUUCAUCCCUCCUGCCUUUCUUCCUCCGGGGGGUGUUGGUCCCCCAUCACUUGGCUCUUCGCCUCGUGUUUGCAGCAUCUCCAUUCUCUGAUCUUAACCUCAGCCUGCUAGCCUCUCCAGGCAGCCGCCAGCCAGAGGGCCCAUUGUACUUCUGCUGGCCCACACGGCAGCACAGCAUUGUCUUUGAUGCCUGGCCCGGAGCAGGAAAGCUGUCCAGGCUGAAUAUGGUGAAUUUAGGAAGUCCUGAUGGGUAGGACUGUGGUGCUAGGCUGGAGUGAGUUAGAAAUGCCCUUUCUGGAGAUGUUUUGAGCCCUGUCGGGUCAGUUUUAUAAAGGAAUGCAUGGGUACUGAGCAUUUGUGGGGCAUCGGGGACCAUGCUGCAGGGAGGCAGACUGACAGGGAGAGAGAGGCCUUGUCCUGGCCUCCUCCUGCAACGGAGUAGCCUGGGGAUCUGACUUGCGUCUGUCUCCUUGGGGCAUGCCAGAGUAUACCAAAGACCCUCCUCACGUGGAGUAGCCCCCAGCCUUGACUUUUCUCCUGGGUCCUCUUAUAUUGCUCCUGGAGGCCUGGCUUGUCACAUUUUCACGUCAGCCUUUCCUGGCCAGUCCCUCCCGUCACAUGGCCCCAUCCCAACAUCCACCAUCUGGUCAAGACUGCAGAACAGGAUCGAAGACCACGGGCCAAGGCCAUUUUCCACCGAGCCUAGGAGUCCUGUUCACUCCAGCCAGUCUUUGGAGCGCUGGGACGUGGUUUUGUUUUCUGCUGUCCAUCCGUGUGGUCUGUGUUCCCACAGGGUUUUGUGUGUAAAAGAACAAUUCUUCAGGAGACGUUCAGGCCACCCCUGCAGUCCAGCCAGUCUCCUGUGGAAGUCGUGUAGAACACCGAGAGGAAGGUGCUGCAGGACGCCCGGUGCCCUGGGGACUGGGGGGUGCCUCCCCUGGGGACUGCCUUAUCGAAUCGCAGCUGUGGCCCUUGACCUGUGCCUUCGCCUGAGCGGUUUGCCUUAAUCUCUACAGCCUUGUUCUCCGGGGUGCUGAAUCAGAUGCAACACUUGGCAUUUUUUAUGUUUAAAAGAACAAAAAACAGUAUUUUAUUUAUAAUAAAAUCUGAAUAUUUGUAACCCUUUA